AUGGCCUGGGACCGGAGCCCUCCCCUCAACCUGCCUCCCGGGAUUCCCACCCCGGACGAGAGCGGGGGGCGGGCGCCGUAUCGGCACCGGCUCCUUCCAGCCCGGAAGAGCCCCCCCCAAUGCGGGGGCAGCGCGGUCCUCGGCCGCCGCCUGGUCGGCCUGAGAGGGGAACCCGCCGGGCCAGCACGGCUACCGAUUUGGGCAAAGGGCAAGAACGGCGGGUGCGGGAAGCCGAGAGCCGCGACUAGGAAAGGAGGGCUGGGCGAGGCGGCUCCGCUCCCGGUGGCCUUCCCUCGGCCCCCCCCCAAUGGGGCGGCGGGGGGAGCGCAGAAGGGCGGGACCGACCCUCUGCUCUGCUGCGGCGCUCCGGCAGGCACGGCCGGCCGGCAGGGGGCAGCCUCUCCCCACCAAAGGCGCCGAGGAGCGCCCGGCCACCUCCGCGGCUGGGGGGGGGGGGAGUCGGGAAGAUGGGCCGGUCUCGGGCGCGGAGGCUGCGGAAGCCCCUCGGCCACCGCGGGACCCGCCCGGCUCGCGGGGCAGGCGCCCAAAGGGGGCAGCUGGGCUCCGAAGGACCCGGGCCCGACCGCCGUUCGGGACAGGCCGGCCGGGCGGCGAGCACUCCUCCCGGCUGCGGCUUCCGACGGACCCGCCGCUUUUACGCUCGAAAGCGGCUUUUCGCUGCCAAGUAAGCCCCCCCCCCGCCUCUUCCCGCGGUCAGGCGGACGAGGCGCUUCCGCGGAAGGAAGAGCUUUUUCGCACCCCCCCCCGGGGCAGGUUUUCUGGAAGGCAAAGCACGCCGCGCGCCCCCAUCUCUCUCUAAGGAAACCUGAGCGACUCCCCCUCCUCGUCACCCCAAUAACUGAGUUAGAUACUGCCCGGUUUGGGGGUUCUUUGCGGGUGUUCAGACUGGCAAUCGAUGCUAAAUUACUGCCCGGCGCAUUUAACCAUAGCAUCAAGACAGACGGCCCCUGUUGCCUGCUUUCCUGCCCCCUUCGUCCCCUAGGAAGUUCUUCUCCAGUCCUUCCCUGGAAAUGAAUGGCGGUUGCUCAAGAGUUGCAAUUAGGGGAGGGGGUCCCUUCUGGUAUUGAAAACAAGCGGUGCUGUUGUCAGGUUAGCUGCUUUCUGCAGGAAUCCUCCGGCCUCAAUCCUGAAAUUAUUUCUGGGCUGGCUGGGGGAAAAAUUGACUGUAUUUGUGUGAGGUGGGGACACACUGGGUUGUGGCAUCUGUGCUGUGUUGCCACUACAGAUCCAGGCUCUUGCCCAAUGGAGCCCAAAGGACUCUCUGCUGCUAUGGUGAAAAGGAACUGCCAAGAAUUGCUUGGCUGCCUGCUCCUCACUGCGUGGAUCGGCUUUGUGCUGCCCUGUGGCAGAGGAAGAGUUAACUUCUAAACUGCCCCGAAUUCAUGCCGGCAGAGCGAGGGUUGAGUGAGGGUUGACCGCUGUCGGGUCAUCUGAUGUGCGGCUCAGCAGACCUUCAUGCCAUCAUAAAUAAAACAGACAAAUUACUUUUUUUUCCUAGGGUG